UCGUUCCUAUCAAACCUGAUCCUGAAUCAGAGCGAAAGAGGAUCAGAGCUCAGCUCAGAGUUUGUGAGGAGAGACAUGGAGCUUCAUGGACGUCAGAUCAGUCUGGUGGAGCUUCCAGCUCUGUUCAACUCUCAGCUCUCAGAGGAGGAAGUGAUGCGUCAGACUCACCGCUGUGUGUCUCUCUGUCAUCCUGGAGUUCAUGUUUUCAUCAUCAUCAUUCCUGAUGCUCCACUGACUGAUGAAGACAAAGCAGAAAUAGAGGAGAUCCAGAGGAUAUUCAGCUCAAGAAUCAACAAACACAUCAUGAUCUUCAUAAAGCAGAAUUCAGAGCAUCAGACAGAAAAACUAAAUGAAGAAACACAGUCUGUCAUUCAGAGUUUUGGAGGACGACAUCAUUUCAUUGACCUGAAAACACAAGUGUUUGUGUUGAUGGAGAAACUGGAGCAGAUGGUUGAGAAAAAUAGUGGUGUUUGUUUCUCCACUGAGACAUUGAUGGAGACACAGAUGGAAAAACUUAAGGAAUUUGAAGAAAUGAAGAAGGAAAAUCCAUUCAUUAGAGACAUGGUUUCAGUCACAAGAGAUGGAAAAGAUGAUCUGAGGAUUGUGCUGCUGGGAAAAACUGGAGCUGGGAAGAGUUCAACUGGAAACACCAUCUUAGGAAAAAAAGCAUUUAUAUCAGACAUUUCUCAAAAGUCUGUUACUAAAAUGUGUCAGAAAGAAACAGCUGAAAUCAACAGCAGACACAUUACUGUGAUCGACACUCCAGGACUGUUUGAUAGUGAACUGACUAAUGAGGAGAUUCAGAGAGAAAUGAGCAAGUGCAUCUCCAUGAUUCUGCCUGGACCACAUGUGUUUCUCUUACUGAUUCCAGUGGGAAGAUUCACUGAAGAAGAACAAAACUCAGUGAAAAUCAUCCAAGAGAUGUUUGGAGAAAACUCCUUAAUGUUCACCAUGGUGCUCUUCACCAGAGGAGAUGAUCUGAAGAACAAAACCAUUGAACAGUAUCUGGGGGAACCUGGAUCUGCCCUUAAAAACCUGAUUGAAGUGUGUGGACACAGAUUCCAUGUGUUCAAUAAUAAAGAGACUGGAGACCAAACACAGGUGACUGAUCUACUGCAGAAGAUAGACAACAUGGUGAAAGCAAACGGAGGGAGUUACUACUCAUGUAAGAUGUUCAGAGAGAUGGAAAGACAAAUACAAGAACAACAGAAGAACAUACUGAUGGAGAAAGUGGAGCAACUGAACAGAGAAAAAGAAGAACUGAUGAACAAACAUGAAGAAGAGAAAAUAAGAAUGAAGUUGAAGAUGGAGGAAGAAAGACAAAAUUAUGACAAUGAGAGAAAGAAAAGAGAAGAAGAAUAUAAGAGAGACAUUAAAGACAUGGAGGAACAAAAGAGACAGAUACAAGAGAAGCUGAAGAAACAGAAACAACAGGAAAGACAAAGAGAAGAAGAGGAGGAGAAAUGGAGAAAGAAAGAACAGGAAAUGUGGAAUGAAUAUAAUCAGAGACUUAAACAAGAGAUGAUUGAGAAAGAAAGAAAGAGAAGAGAAGAAGAGGAUGAGAGAAGGCGAAAUAUAGAAAAGGAAAAAUGGGAUAAAUAUUAUCAAAAACUUGAACAAGAGAUUGAGAGAAUGAACAUGAAAAUGGAGGAAGAAAGAGAGAAUCAUGAUAAAGAGAGAAAGAGAAGAACAAUAUAAAAGAGAUAUUAAGGAGAGGACUAAGAAAGAAAGAUACAAGAGAAGCAAAAUAGAGUAUGAGAAAAAGAGAGAAACAGAAGCAACAGGAAAGAAAUGGAGCAAGAGAGGAAAUGCAGUGUAGGAUUAAUAUAAUCAGAAACUAAAGGAGAGAGAAAGAUCUUCAGUUCAAACAUAAAGUAUGGAAAAACACUUAAGUUGUGCUUUUUAAUGCACAUAUUUUUAAUUGUACUAUACUAAGUACAUAUUAAAUGUCUGUUUUUGGAACAACUUUAAGUAUGUUAAGUGUUAUUUAAGACAUGUUUAAGUUUAAGCAUUUUAGCUAAUAAUAAAACCAGCCAAUGUUUGGACGAUGCAAAGCUGUAAAUUGGCUCUACGGGAUGCAGUUGACUGCCGUUCUGAUAGCCGCCACUUAUCCAGCACUGGACAGUGAUUCAUAAUCAUUUCCUUCAUACUACCCAAAAUGACUUUCCGCACAAUAAGAAUUCAUCAAUUCACAAUCAUCAGUUUGUACUCUUAUGAAAAUUAACCAUAGCAUGAAUAAGGUUUCGCCAUAGGAUUUGUAGUAAAUGUAUAGUAAAAACAAAAUUAACCAUAGCUUUCUUGCAAAAACCAUGGUUUAACUAUGACUGUAGUAGUAAAACUAUAGUAAUUACAAAAUUUACCAUAAUUUCAAAAACUAUAGUUACUAUAGUCAAAGCUACCCCAGUUUUACACUAGUAUUACUACAAUUUUACUAUAGCAGAAUAAUCCCCGAUAGCACAUGUACAUCUGCAAGAUGUCUGUUAAAGAUCUCUUGAUCUGGAAAGCAUCUCAUGUGUACAAACAUGUGGCAGAUGUCUCUAAGAUGUCAGUUUUACAUACAUUCUAAAUCAUAAACAUCUUAAAGACAUCUAAUAGACGUCUAUUUGACAUCUGAUAGGAAACGUCCUAAACGUAUUACAUGCAGACGUCAAAUAAACAUCUCCAAGAGUCUGUGCUAUCAGGAAUGGCAU